AUGGCUGCACCACCUGAGAAACCGACGCAGGGCCCAAAACCUGCCAUCCCAGCACCUGUCGCCAGUACUGCCUCUGUCAGGCUCGAAAAAUCCCACCCGGGAGUUCGCCGCUCGACGCCUGAUUCGGAGGCUCUAGCGUCUUCAGAUGACGAUGUUGAGCACUCGCAUCUGCCACAGACCUCAGCGACUUUCCCCGCUGCCAAGCCUGCCAGACGUACUUCGUGGUUGAAUGAGAUACCGGUUAAUAUGCCCCGAAAGGCGUCGUUGACUACCACCGGCGCUUUACUUCCUGGCUCUGGCGCAUCUAACCCAACCAGUCCCGCAGCUGAUCAGUCGGGAUGGCCUUCAGGCGCGAGUCCUGGUCUGAGUGCCUCCAUGAGUUGGAAUCAUGUCGGAAACAGCUCGUUUCCGUGGGGUACUGGUAUCUGGAAUACUGAAUCCAGGAAAGAACCUCCACCCCGUCUAUCCGAGAUUGUUCCAUCUCCUACCAUGACUGCACCUACCGCCAACAGCUACUUCGCGGAAGAGUUGAUGAGUCCAACCACGCGCACGACCUCUGGAGACUCGGCCAUACCAUUCUCCAUCCCUCUUCAUCCGACGCCGAAAACAUAUCGUUCUCAGUCUUACUCCGUGGGUCAGCUUGAUCCGGAGUAUUUGGCCACGAUGGCUAACAAGGCUGCUGCCCCCCAUCCAAGUGGACGCGCUCGGAACGCCGGGCAGUAUUCUGCGCUCCAGCAUCGGUCUUCCCGCCCUAGUCUUCUAGGGGAACUCGGUCAUGAUCCUGCCACUCUCGGUCGUGUUCGUGAGGAUGAUGAUGAUGGCGGUAGCGCUAAUAGUUCUGACGGUAGCCUCAACGCCUAUUCCGUGAAUCAGGCCCGUACUAUUGAACAGCUUGCUCGGGAGAAUGCACUUUUACGUCAGGCUGCUGGGCAGCAGAUCGAUAAUCGACUGAGGGACCGUGCCAUGUCUUCUGCGUCCACUGCCAGUGGGUAUGCAAUUGGUAGCAACCUGCGCAAUUUGCACCGUAUUCAUGGAACCGUUCCCGAAGAAACGGAUCUUGCCGUGGAGGAUCUUGAUGAGCUGGGUGAUAUACCCGGUUACACAAAGAUCCAUAGCAAUCAGCGCAGAAGAUUUUCUGAACAUUCAGCAAACCUCGAGAAGCAACUCUCCAAUAUCGGCUCGCUUGAGAACCGUGCUCUGGACAAUGCUCGAAAGGCUCACUGGCAGACGACUCUUGGAUUUGGCAGCCUCGCCGAUAUUCCUCAAAGCAGGCGUCAUUCUUUUGCCGACAUUCCCAUCCGCCACGGUUCAAUUUCUGGCGAUCCUCAGGCAGCUGCCGGCGCCAGGGCUGGAAUGGGAGAUAGGGAAGAUCAUUACGCGAGCGUUGGUGAUGUACCCCUUCCAAGUGCCCAGAGCCAGAAUCGUGAGUAUCACCGUUUGCACAUGGCCCCUCGUCCCGAGGAACAUGAAAUGGAAAUGGAAUAUUUACGUGCUCGUCAAUUCGCAGAAUCGUACUUUGCUCGUGAUCACGCUCUGCGCGCUGCCGAUGGACCCUCCGCUACUUCGCUUCAACAGCCUUAUUCCAUGCCUGGCAAUUACGGUCGCCACCAGCCUGGUCUUGCACAUAAUCAUGUCAACCAGACUCUGUACAUCGUGACAUUCAAGUGCCACCGCGCCGAUGUCUUCUACAUUCAAGAAGACACCGGCUUGCAGGUGAAGCCCGGAGAUCUUGUCAUUGUCGAGGCUGACCGUGGCACGGAUCUCGGAACUAUUCAGCAUGCCAACGUGUCGUUGCAAAGAGCUCGCGAAUUGAAACAGCAAUAUGCCGAAGAGCAUUAUAAGUGGCUCAUGAUGUUCUCGCGGCAGGGUCAGAAUGGACCAGCGAAUGUGUCUGCAAGUGGUCCAGCCCUGAGUGGUAGAAGCGCUAUUGGUGGCAUGGGUCCUCAUGGCCCCCAUGGUGUGCAGGACCUUGCUGGAGACAUCAAGCCGAAACUCAUCAAACGACUUGCUCAGAAUCAUGAGAUCCUGACUUUGCGCGACAAAGAGGGUAACGAGGCGAAAGCCAAACGAGUGUGCCAGCAGAAGGUUGCAGAGCACAGACUAAACAUGGAAAUUCUCGAUGCUGAGUUCCAGAUGGAUUGGAAGAAGCUCACCUUCUACUACUUUGCGGACUCGUACAUCAAUUUCAAUUGUCUUGUGACUGAUCUCUUCAAAAUUUACAAGACCAGAAUCUGGAUGUCAGCCAUUAACCCGGCAUCAUUUGUCACCCCGCCAACUGCCGGUCUGCCUGCCCCAGGUGGUGCCGGAACUGCGGAGAGCAGGGCCUAUGGCGCUGGCCGCGAAGGCAUGGACGUCAGUAGAGAUACGAUGGGUAGUCAGGCCAGGCUCUUGCGUGGCAAUUACAACGACUCCAACCAGUCCCUUGGUCAGGGGCCUCGCCAGCUUGAAUCCAACGUUGGCGAGCUUGCACCUAAUGCCGACCCGUUCUCCCCAUACCAACCUAACACAUAUGGCGGUGCCAUGGAGACUGGUUACGUUGACUAUGCCGCGCACAGUCCCGGCGCAGGCGGCGGUCCAUCUCGCAUGCACCAAGCCCCAAAUGAUUGGGCUGCCCGAUUCCAGGGACUGUCUCUUGGUUCCUAA